AUGAGAAUCUUAAACAAGCCCAGUAGUCUGAAGAUAAUGGCUAUGGUGAGAUCUUCACUGCAGAAAGUGAUGCUUUUUCUACAACACAUCCAAAGAAUGGCCGUCACGUCACCACGUUAUCAGAAACUGUGCAAGGACAUUCAGACAGAUGUUGAUACCCAGACUGAUCUUUCUAAAAGGGCUCUGGGGAGUCAGUUCCAGAAUACCGAGGCACAAGAGCUUGAUAAGUACGGAGAUGUGGACCACAUUCAUAUAGCCUCGAGAAGAGAGUUUUUGGAGGCAGGUGUGGAGAAAUGGACAGGACUCAUAGCCAUCCUUGAAGAGCUUUGGUUCUGGGUAAAGCUGAAGGAUGAGGAGCUGACAAAGCAGAGGCCGGUGGGAGAAGAUGUACAUACUUUACUGCAGAAACAAGGCUACUGUACGGACCAGGAAGAGAGUUAA